CUGGGUCCAUCUUUAACUACUUUAAAGAAUUUGCUCUCUACUUCUCGAAUAUGUUUUUCCCGUUCUGGCAUUCUUGCCACACUUGAAGUCUCUCCUUCUACCCUUCGAUUUCGCUCACCCCAAGAACUCGGCUGCCUUGGUCUCAUAGUUGAUCAGCUGGCUCAUGAGUUCGGAGGUCUCAAUCAGGUUGUCUCAGUUCCUGUUCAAUUACGGCAGUCUCAUAUCCCCCAAGAAUGGCGAAAUUCCUCUGAUCUUGACAUAGCUUCACCGGAAGCAGCCUCUAGGUUGCUCGAUCAGCUGCUUCCAACCUUAAAAAAUUUGGUGGUGUGUACUGAUUCGUCAGAAGAAGGUGUUGUUAUGUAUCCCUAUUCUUCACGACUUUCUGAUUGUUUUAAUUUUGUAUCCGACUCAGCUAAUACAUCAAGGACUACGAAAAUUUCCACAGUUCGCUUUCAUCGAUUUGCUAUGGUUGAUGUAUUAAUUGGUGCAUUUGCUUUCCUGAAUUAUGUCAUAUCAGCACAGUCUUCUAUCACCUAG